CUGCUUCAGUUUGGACUCACAGCUCGUCCACAGCCUGGGCUGUUCUGCCUCACAGCUUCACUUAUUUUUCACAUUAAAUGCAGUUUUCAGGCCUUUUUCCCACACUGACAGUUUUGGAUUAAAAGGGCUUUUGCAUUGUUUGUUUUGUUUUGUUUUAAUUUUAUUUUCGGCGUGUGGAUUAUGAAGCGAAACCAUCCGAAACUCUUCUGAAUCACUUUUUUUUUUUUUUUUUUUUUUUAUCUGGACGGUGGAAGCUUCGCCUCCUCGCAUCCUUUUGUCCUUGUUGCAUUCCUGGGAUGUAAGAGCAUUUGGCCUUUUGUUCAUUUUGCACUUAAAACCCCACCAAGGAGCUAACGAAAAGAAAACAUGUGGCUAUUUGUGAUGAAAAGGCCUGUUUUUCUGGCUGUUUUCGGAUUAUUUUUGCUAACUUCUCGCUGUGUGAGAGCCGAACCGGAGCAGCAGGACGAAGAGGAGGAGGAGAGUUCGUGCCAGGGCGCCUUUGACUUGUAUUUUGUGCUCGAUAAGUCUGGAAGUGUGACAGAUCACUGGGACGAAAUCACAGAUUUUGUGGAGAAUUUAGCUGAGAAAUUCAAAAGUCCCAUGUUGAGGAUGUCCUUCAUAACUUUCUCCACCAGAGCGUCCAUUGUCCAGAGACUGACUGAGAAUAGAGUGGAUAUCAGAAAGGGUCUGAACACUCUGAAAAAAGAGAAACCUGGAGGGGACACAUUUAUGCAUCUUGGACUCCACAAGGCCAAUGAGCAGAUAUACCAUGAGAACCUUGGGACGGCCAGUGUUAUUAUUGCACUGACGGAUGGAGAUCUGCGGGAACAUCAGCUCAUCAGUGCACAACAAGAGGCAGAAAGAGCCAGGUCUCUGGGAGCCAUUGUCUACUGUGUUGGAGUGAAGGACUUCAAUGAGACGCAGCUAGCCACCAUUGCUGACACAAUCGAACACGUGUUUCCUGUCCUGGGUGGCUUCCACGCCCUGCGAGGAGUCAUUGAUUCAAUUAUCAAGAAAUCCUGCAUUGAAAUUUUGGCAGCGGAGCCGUCCAGUGUGUGCGCAGGAGAGUCUUUCCAAGUGGUGGUAAGAGGGAACGGUUUUCUACAUGCCAGGAACAAGAAGCAGGUGCUCUGCAGCUUCAAAAUCAAUGAAACCAUGACAGUCAAUGAGAAGCCAACCGGAGUAGAAAACACAUUCUUACUGUGUCCAGCUCCUGUCGUCAACGAGGUCGGAAAGGUGAUUUACCUCCAAGUGAGCAUGAACGACGGCCUGUCCUUCAUCAGCAGCAACGUGCACAUCACCACCACAGAGUGUUUUGACGGCACCAUUCUCCUGAUCACCCUGCUGGUGUUGUUCCUCCUGCUGGCCCUUCUCUUCAUGUGGUGGUUCUGGCCUCUCUGCUGCACUGUAGUGAUCAAAGACCCGCCCCCGCCACCUCCCCCUGAGCCAGAGUCAGAUGAUGAAGACGGCCUUCCAAAGAAGAAGUGGCCUACUGUGGAUGCCUCGUAUUACGGAGGGAGAGGAAUUGGAGGAAUAAAACGGAUGGAGGUGCGUUGGGGAGGAAAGGGCUCUACCGAGGAGGGGGCAAAGCUGGAGAAGCCUAAGAAUGCUGUCGUGAAAAUGCCGGAGCAGGAGUACGAACCCUUCGAGCCCAAGCCUAAAAAACCUCACAACAAGAAGCCGCCACAGAGCCGGAAGUGGUACAGUCCUAUCCAGGGAAAACUGGAUGCUAUCUUGGCUCUGUUCCGCCGUGGCUAUGACCAAGUCUCCCUGAUGAGACCCCGACCUGGGGAUCAUGGCCGAUGUAUCAACUUCACCAGGGUGAAAAAUGAGUCAGCAGCAGCAGCCAAGGCACCGCCUCGCGCUCCGAUCCAUGUGCCGUCACCACCGCCACCAGACUACCGCCCUGUGACCCGCACCACUCCUCCGCCUCACAGCAGCACCGCUCCUCCACCCAGAUCACCCUCAUCAGGCCAGCUACUCCCAGGACCGCCACCAUCCCGCACACCCCCAGGGCCUCCGUGUCCACCACCAUCACGUCCCCCACCCAGCCUCCAGCCCUGAGUCACACAGACGUCCUCUUGUCCAUCCGAAAAUAUACCCACUUCAUGACGCCAGACUUCUCGCUCUGUUGACCAGCUCGUUCCAUGUGAAGGCUUUGGGCCUUGCUGCCAAAGAUUCUCUGCUAUCAGCCAAAAAACCAGGACUCUAAAAUUCCCAGAUUUGUGGUCUUCAUUUCUUCCACGAGAACGUCAAGUCAAACUACAAACUAGCUGAAAUUUGACAGGAAGCAAGCAACGAGUAAAACCUUUGCAAAGGCAAACAAUUAGUAAAUGUGGUUCGUGAACUUGUUAGAACAGGUAAAGAAGUAAAAAUUGCAUUAUGAACACUGAGAAAUAAUCCAUUUUAUUGUGUUGAUAAAAUUGUCACCCAGAUAUCUGGAAUGACCAUUUUAACCUCACAAGCGGAAUCACAGGCAUGUCAAACGAUCACUCUGAAUGUCCGAGCCAAAACAGCGCCCCCUUCAAAUCGUACAUGGUCAGCCCCAUGUUACUAUUUUUUAUUAUCGUUAUUGUUGGCGAGGAAAAGUUUGCUGAUCAUGACUUUGUGGACGAUGGUAUGAUCUUCGUGAAAUCGAUGGAUAUCUUGAUUAUAGCACUUGGGAAGCUGAGUGAGGAAUGUGAGUGUUUGGGUUUGCGAUAGUCCUGGAUCAAGACUAAGAUCCAGACUUUUAAUAGGUUCCUGGAUGUGUGUCUGUAGGCAGUGAAAGUGUUGAUCUUGUAGAAACAUUUAUGUCACUGGGACCUUUGAGAUCAAGAGAUGCCUUGUAAGAGAUUAUGGAGUCAUGAGGUCGCUUGAAAUAGGUGUUUUUGUGAUGCCGAUGUCUUUGCAGGAGAGUUUAGGUCCAAGUUUUUGGGUCCUGGUGCUUCCUGUCUCACUGUAUGGUAGUGAAACUUGAUGAAACUUGGAACGCUAACCAUGAUGUCAUUAAUACUCGUUCUCGUUGGAGGAUCCUUGGGUACUGCUGGAAGGUCUUUGGGUCAAGACUCAGAUGAGGAGUUUGACUUCCCUUGUGAGGGAAGUUCAGCUACGUCGUUCUGGAGACGUGGUGUGUUUAUCUACGGAUGGAAAAAGUUAAGACACGCCCACAUUUCACCUGGCUGCAACAUAUAUAGAUGGGUACUUUGGAGAGGUGCGGAUGGACCGGUUAUCUGCUCGAGUGGUUUCCAUUCAGGACCCAAGACGGUUCCAUGGCGUCAUGGAUGCAGCAACAUGAGGCACCAUGUUAUGGGGCCGAAAUCUGCAAUACGGGGGCGCCGGUUUGGUGUUGAAAGGGCUUUUGUAAUAGUUCAAAAUGUAAUUACAGACUCGUGCAUAUCAUGUCGUAACACAAACUACAAAGUCUGAAAGAGAAAUUUUCUGUGUGUAGAAAUUUCAAUUUUCUCCUGCGUGUUUGAUCAAGUGACAUUUGACAGAAAUUCUGCAGACAAAGUUGUAAAAGUGCCUCAAAAACUAUCCACAGCCACAGCAGCCGUGGUAUUUAUUAUUUGUGCCAACAGUCUGGCAGAGUAAAUGUGCAAAGAGAAAACUUACGUAGGCACGACAAACCGAGAGAAUGGAAAAUAGAGAUGAUAGAAACAGUAGACAUUUUACUGACCUCAUUCUUUGCAUAUUUGCUGAGGUUUGUGUUAACAGGCUCAUAUUGUGUACUGUUUGUUUUAGCCCCUCCUCCCUGUGGAGAGGGGGCAUGGCAAGCCGUAGCUUCUUUCCAUUUAAAGUGACAGCUGUAGAAAUGGGUCAUUUCUGAGAGCUGAAAAUACAAAAUAUCAGUUUGUUUAAAGGAUGCCUGGUGGUCGAUGGCGGCAUUUCUGGCUGUAAAGUUUUUUGUUUGUUUUUUUUGUUUGUUUUUUGUUUUUUUUUUCCUUUAUAAAAAAUUUUUUUUAAAUUGUUGGCUCUUAGCUUGCUGAAAAUUUGAUUUUAGUCAUUUUCCACGUCGUUUAACUUGACGUUCUUCUCUCGUGCUGAAUGAGGGGUGUUAACUGGGAAAGGAUUAGACUACGUUUUGGGGGGGGGGGGGGGAUUGUUGCUGGGCAGCAAAACAUGUUAGGACCUAAAGUUUGUUCAGGAAUACUGCAGUGUUGGAAUUUUUUAAUUUGUUUUAUUUUUGCAUCGUCUUUAUCAACUACUGACUUGGACCGUUGUGAGUUGCGAGUUGAGGUUAACACUCUGCCAAACACACAAAUCUUCAAACUAAUGGAUGCUGAUGGUCCAAACCUUGGUGAAAAUUUUAUAAAGCAAUUUUUAAAAAAAAAGGACCUGAUUCAAGCGAGGCUUUUCAUUUUAUAAAAAGUUUCUCUUCACCUCUUUUUGAUAUUUCUUUUAUCAAAACACAUUUUUAACCAAACAAUUUGAUACAUGCAUGAUCAAAUUUACACAAAAGAAAUUAUCUUUUCGUGUUUGUCUGUUUUUUGAUCAUUCAGUGAUGAAAUGUUUUUAAGAAAGAUGUUUGAAAUGUGUUUUUGAAUGUUAAUGAGGGUUGUCUGUGAGACUUUGGAUUUCCUCUUUAAAAUUUUCAUGUAGUUAAUGUUCAAAUAGAAAAAUAUUUUAUAUUUGGAGGGGGGGGGUAUCUACGCACAUAUAGUCCACUGCUGGGCAACUUUUUUGGCAUUUUCAUGAAAUCAAGCGAUUGAAAUUCAGGUUACGUCUCUUUUUUAUUAUUAUUAUUAUCCUGAUGAAGUGUGCUGUACUUGGAUGCCAUUGUGUUUUGUUUGUUUGUUUGUUUGUCUACAGUUUUAUUAGCACCGGUCACAUUGCAACUGCAGGGCAGUUCAAAGAGCAUCUAAUUUAUUUUACUCCCUGAGAUAAAUAGAGGAGAGUACUUGAAUAUCGACAAGGUGUCAAGCCGCCGAGACGGACCGCGUGUACAGAAUUUUAAAGGAACUAGCCAAGAAUCAACUCCUCUGAAAACUGAAAGUGAUCCACCUCCAGGAAGCUUCAAACACUGAGUUUGGUGCCGUGUUGUUGAGGAUCAAUACUUUGAUUCCAGAGUGUUUAAAAGAGUUUGAAAGCUUGAGUACGUUUAGUAUCCAGCGCCUCUUAAAAUGUUUUGUUUUAUACUUUUAUUGUAAAUGUAGAAAUCGUUCAGUUUAUAUUCUGUCACAACGUGUUGGCGAGUCCAGUCAAUCGGCUUUUAAGGCCAUUUAUUGCAAUUCCGUGAAGUAGAAGAGCACCGAGGAGAACAAAUUCCUCAGCCAGGGAAAACUUCAUUACAUCUGCCAACUGACAGGAAGGUGGUCACAUUUCUGACUUAGAUCCCAGUCAGCUCUUUGUGACAUCAUAGGGUAACACCCAGCCGUUGAAGUAUUUGUGUAACACUCCUGUUCCACGUGGUAUGAGAAUUGGGACAAACAAAGGGUGCUGCGCUCUUCCAGUGAUAAAACCUGAAGCCUCGCCCACCGAGAAACCCUGAAUAUUUCGUGCCUUAAAUAUUUGGCAUUAGGAUAACAAUUUCAUUUCUCUGAAAAAUGGCAGAAGUUUGGAAAACUGAACAAUAAUUCCACUUCCGAAACACAGCUCUGUGCGCAGCCAGAAGUCUUGUGAAGUGGCAGAAUUGGGACAUAGUCCAGUUUCUGCAUCGAUCCUCACCUUGUCUUCAGAAAUCCACAUUUAUUCUUGUUCUUAUUGAUCAAUAUUUCAGCAACACUUAUUCCAGCACAUUCAUUCACCGACCUUUAACAUUUGUUAUUUUAUUUUUUCAUAUGAUAAAUAUCUUUCACAGCCAACAUACGAGCUGACCGCGGUACGUGUGACUCCUGGAAUAUGAUGAGCGUUGUUAUGAUUUCAUGUGUAUAAACGUCUGUACUAAAGCACAUAUGAAAGAAGAAGAAUAUCACUUUUGUUGAUUAAUGUGACGUUUUAAGAGCAUCAAUAAAGUUUUACAUCCACAGAGA